AAAGAUGAAGAAGUGGAGAGAAAAAAGAGAGGAAAGAAAAGGAAAUAGAAGGAAAUGAGAAAGAAAAGGGAAGAGAGAAAAGAAGAGAAGUAUAAGGGAAAGAAAGUGAGGGAGAAGGGAAGUAGAAAAAAAAAAAAGGAAGAAAAAGAAGGAGACGGGAGGCAGAAAGAGAGGAAGAAGAGGAAAUAAGGAAACGGAAGAGAAGUAGUGAUAUAUAUAAGACUUAUACGGACUGAAAUCGGUCCGUAUAAUCCUCAUUGGCGCGCCACACCAAAAAAUUUAAAUUUUUUCGGAAAAAUUUCAAUUUUCCUGGGAAAUUUUUGGUGCAUUAAUCAUAUUCAGACCGAACUCGGUCUGAAUAUCAAUAAAUUAGCGCAUAAUCAAUAAGAUUCAAAUUGACGGUAAAAAUUUGGCGCAUAAAUUAAUUACGGACCGAUUUCGGUCCGAAUAUAUAUCUUCCAGUGCACAUUUUUAUUCUUUUCAUUUAAGGACAUUACCAUCUUCUCGUGUUCUAAAUUCAUUCCUGCGAAAACCAAUUGCAUGUACAUCGACCCUACAGUCCCUCGGAAUCAUAAAAUCAUCGAUUGUCUAGCUGAAAUUAUCUUUCGAUACUACGGAGUAAUAUCGUUGCAAAAACCACGAACGUAUAAGUUAAAGGUUAUUAGAGAUAAUGUUACGUAAUGCUUUUUCGGAGUAAUAAGCAAAUAAAAUUCAUUUUUUUUCUUAAGGUUAACCACUUUCGCUUGCAACAUUCGGAACGUUACGGUUUAAAACAAGAGUAGAACGACUUAAGCAUAAAAUAACAAAAAAAAAAAAUAAAAGCUGUUGUUGAUUGGAAUAUUCGGACCGAUCUCGGUCCGUAUAUAGAUAUACAGACCGGGAUUGGUCCGAAUAUAGGCAAUCCGUGGGAUUUUUUUAUCUUAUAGCUAAAUUAAAUUAAGUAUGAAUAUAUACGGACCGGUAUUGGUAUGAAUAUAUGCAAAGAAUCCAGAUGCUUCCAUGCUUUUCAUUUUUUAGACCGAUUUUGGUCCGAAUAUAGUAGAAAAAAUCCAGAAACUUCUUCCAGUGCACAUUUUUAUUCUUUUCAUUUAAGGACAUUACCAUCUUCUCGUGUUCUAAAUCCAUUCCUGCGAAAACCAAUUGCAUGUACAUCGACCUUACAGUCCCUUGGAACCACAAAACCAUUGAUUGUCAAGCUGAAAUUAUCUUACGAUACUACGGAGUAAUAUCGUUGC